AUGCUGGACAAAGCACCGAGCAUGUCACCGCCAAACGAUCAUCCGCAGCGUGCGAAGAGCUUGCUUCCUCCAUCCAUCGUUGAGCUCAACAGCGACAACGUGGUAUUGUCAUGGCGAGCGGCUAUCGGCCGGUGCUCCAUCCAAGUAGAGAACCCCGACAACAUCUCGGCAAGUCAGGAGUGGGCAAACCUUGACGAAGACACCAGAAAGCAUCAACACGACGCCGAUGGUUGGGUGAAAAGGUUUGGUGGUGUCAAGCUAUUCGACGUGGAUCACGUCGAGCUGCAGACUUGCUGCGGGUGUCCCCGCUGCCUCCACGAGGGCGACGAGAACGGCCAGGAAAACGAGGACGGUGAUAUUAAAGGCCGGGCAUGCUCGUGUCUUUGCUGCUCUUCAGCGCGCUGCGGGCGGGGCUGUUGGCGCCCGGUGUAUCAGGGACCCCACAACCACUGCCGAGUUCAACUUGUGCAAGGGAACAGGAUGCACUUCUUUCGGUUGCUUGUGCGUGCGAGGCUUCCACCACCAAACAUGAGGAACUUUAUGCGCCCUAAAAACGGGGUAGUCUCGGGUAGUGACCCUGACACCAGCGGAGGGGUCAUGCAGCCCAACGACGGUGGUUCACCUGAUCUGUCGUUACCAGACCGGCGGCGGCAGCGGCGGCGAAACGAAUAUUCUAGAAUACCUACCGUUUCAUGCUGUGACCCGGAAGCGGUAACGCUUUUGAGCAGUUCCCCUGCCCUAGCGCGCGGUGGCUCCCGUAGUACUGCGGGUGGUGGCGAUGCUCAUGCUUGCUAUCGAAGCUCGGGCCGAAGCCAACAGCGAGGAGGGGUAGGGGUGUCACUAUCCACCCCGCUCGGAGACGAGUCCAGAGCGACAACAGCAGCGGGGAAGAACGUGUGGUUUGUGUCGGACUCGGUAUUCGUGGACAGUCGUCCUCCUGCUGUGACUCUCCACGGCAUAGGCACCGCGCUGGUCUUGACGUGGCCCGCACUGGCCGGCCUAACUGGCGGCGAGCAAGUUUCCUACAUCCUUGAGCAGUGGUCUCAAGCCACCGCUACCAUGACGCCGUCUGUAAAUAGAACCAGCCCUCGAACCGACCAGGGAGUGCCGGCCGAGCUCGACGGCCGGCAAAAGUCUCCCCGAGGUCACCGCCGACACCACAACCACCGCCGCCAUCUGGCGCCGCCGAAACAAGUCGACUUGAAAGAGGCGUUCGCCGUCGGUACGAGAUGCUGGUUCAUGCCGACCGGACUUAAGACGGGCAUGCGGUACUGGUACCGCCUCAGCCUCAUUCACGAGGGAGGGAAAGGCGUCGGCGGAAUGUGGGUGUCGUACUCGACUUCCGUUAUACCGCCGCGAUGCAUAGGCAUGACGUCAAGGGCCCUCGUCUUGUCCCUCCCUCGUGCCCUAGACGAUACUGCGCGCUCUGGAUCGGAAGGUGAGAGCCAGGACCGGAGGAAUUCUCCGGACCGACAGCAUCAUGCUGAUCACAACAACAAAAGCGACGAACAUCUGCCAACACCAAGAGACGAAAAUCGCUUGAGCGUGGAUAACGACGCAGAGCACCUCGAGGCGCUGGAGAUGGACGGACAACGGUUAGGGACCAGGAACCUGCCCACUGGAAGCGCAGGGGACAAAACUGAGAAACAUGGUAACGCAGAGGACGUGGGCGUGACGACAAACCAACACCCUAACGGCGGGGAGGAGAAAAUCGAACAGCCGAUGGUGUGGUACACACUGGAAGGCUUCUCGGUUGAAGAGAAGCGGUGGGUCGCACUGUACCGAGGUCCCUCUCCCGAAGUCGUUGUGGAGGUACAAAAGACAACGUUUGACGUAGAGACUCAUCUCGCACAUCUUCCUUUGCUUCCUAUGCUACAACGAUCGAUUCGUUUGCCGGUGGAUGUUUAUCGCAACGCUGGCGUACCACCACUCACGCAACAGGGACUCGAGCCAAGCGCGCUUGUCAGGUUCAGACUUGGCAUUGAUGUCGACAUCACAGAGCUACGGCAUCGAUCUCUCGGUCCCCUUGCAUCCCUUGAGCUGGAACCAACGUCGCCCGACGUGUUCGGUUUUGCCGCUACCGCCGUAGCACCCGUAGCAGCGGCAGCACCAACGACUUGUGGUGAAAGUCUGUGCCCGAAACGGACACAGCGGAGCCAGACUUGCCCUUCGCCCGCAAGGUCGGCCGUCGUACGGCCGGCGCUUCGGUUGAAGUCCGCUGCGGAGGCGACAAACCAAACCCGGCCUAUCGGGCACGGCGCCAGCAACCCAAAGACUGACCUCGGGCGAAAUCGGUGGCAGUGGAGCCCCGCCACGAGCCCGGCCGCAUCGAAGAUGAGACGGGAAGGUUUCGCGUUCCACGAUGCCUCCGCUACCGUCGGUGGCGGUUUCUACCUCGAGCGGCCGCUGCUGUCGUGGGGGAGGCUCCAAUGCCACAGCGGUGGGGCGAUGUGGGAGUGUUGCGCUAUCGGCGCCGGCGCCGGAGAAGGGGGGCAAUGCCGAGAGUAUUCGGCUUGUGUGGAGUUUGCUACCGCACCUUUGGCACCGAGAUAUGCAGCCUUCGUGGUCGGGGAGUCUCCCCAGGUGAAACUGUGGUGGGCCGAGCCAAAACCUGACCUCGAAAGCAGUACAGCACCGUCCGCCUUUGUCCGCCCAUCAUCAGCGCCACCAUUCGCCACGCCAGCCCGCGGCCGCGGAAGCCACCGCCUUGCCCUAGUGGAAGCUCAAGAGUCCCCGCCGGGACGGCAAUCGAUAUCAGUAGCCGUGGGUGAUAGAUCGGCUGUGUCCCCCUACGCCCAGCAGCACCCCUUGUUCACAGUCACAUUGUUGGAACCCGCGACAGAUGGAGACCACCCGCCGCUACGACGACGGGUAUAUUCGGGACCACAGCAAUGGUUAGGCCUGGGGCGUUACCCCGAGUUUCUUUCGGCGAGCGGCGCCGGCGUCUUUGCCGAGCUUGCACCUUCGACUGCUUUCGCCGUGGGGCUGUGCACGAACGCAACAGAUUCGCAGCCGGAGAGCGAGGUCCAAGCGGUAGUCGUCACCGCUCCACCCGCGCCUGUGAUGGAGCCGAUAGCAGUGGCUAACAAUUCAGCGGCGGCGGAAGCUGAGGGAGAAGUAUUCGGCGCUGUUACUCUGAAGGCCACCUGGAGGACGGACAUCGACCAGAGGUAUCUCCCGGCGGGAAUUGACCUGCCGCCGUUGUCGAUCGCGCUGGAAAUGGCGCAUGUUUCGGAGGCGGGGCUUUCGGCUCGCGGUGUCGGGCAAACAGCGGCAAAGGGCGCCCAAAACGGACAGCACGCUAGCUCUCCCAGGACUGCAGCACUGGCAACGGCAACGGUUGCUGUAUCGCCGACUUCGCCCAACACCGUCCGCCCCUCAAGCGGUACCCGGGACAUCCCAGUCAGGACUGACGCCGGUUUCGGCCAAUCCUGGACGCUAGGCUCCAGCUCGUGGGGGAGGUUAAGAAGUUGGGCGGAGGAGUUCGAGAUAGUUUGGAGAGGCGAAGAGGGGGGAGCGGGGAAGGAGAAGGGGGUGGUAGAGGCACAGCUACCCCCGUUGCCACCGGGAAUGCGGUUUUUAUUCCGCGUUCGAGUGGAGUGCCCCUUCGGCGUGGCGGUCUCGGCAUCGACGGUAUACGAAACGGCGCGCGUGGCACCCUUGUCCCCAAAGGGACUCCGAGCAUGCCUUACAACUCACGAAAGCAGGGCGGGCAACAUCAGCAGAUGCGUGCGGCUGUUUUGGGACGCCUUUCACCCUGGCCACGGAAUAAACGUCGUCACGUCUUUCACUGUCCAGGCGCGUCGUCUUCGGCCUUCCUCCCCCGAAGACCAGGUUACCCGGGACGCGAACCACCCCCACCCCCCACCCACCCCUGCACACCCUUGGCAAGACGUGUCCUCCUGCCCGGAGAUAGGCUGUCUUGAUCCGGCGACCCUAGGCGUGCCGCACGUCCUCGCGGAUUACCGCGUGAGGGCAGAAGGCCCCGGGGGUAAGGGCCCCUGGUGCGAGCCUCUCCGGGUCGACCUCCUCGUUCAGGAAGAUACCCCCCGAAACGGGCUUUGUCUGUCAUCUGGCGGCGGAGGCGGCGGCUGCGAGAGUAGCGGCGCCGUCAGCAGCGUCACCUUCGCGGCGGCGGAGCAAGAGAAGCGGCACUCCGGGCGGCAGCCCAUGGACUUCGUUCGGCCGGGGGCCAGGGCGCGCGACCCUCUAACGGGAGAGGCGCGCCGGCGGCUGUGGGCGAACCAGAGGCCGCUGAAGGUGCCUCCGCCGCCGGCGGCGGUAGCGACGCUAGUGCUGCCGGGCGCGGUCGUGACGGCGGGGGCGAGGACUACAGCCGUGGCGGAGCAUCGGCGCCGUCUUGCCGGGGGCAGCAAUCAGCUAUUAUGGGGAGCGCUGGCGUCUCCUCGAGCGGCCCGCGGGUGUCGCGUGGAACGGACUCUAUCCUCUAGAGCUGCGCCGGGGGCGGCUGAAGUAAGCGGUUUCAAUAGCGCUAUCUCAGGGGGCGACGACCCUGAAAAUAGCCGAGGGCCGAAGACAGAGGGCGAACACGUGGGGCCCAGAAGCCGAGCGAGAGGGGGGAGAGGCGAGCGGUUGGCGGUGGCGGCGAUGCCCCACGAGCUGGCGUUGUUGUUACGCGAGGAACUCGACGUGUCGCGCCGUCUGGGAUGCGACGAGGCUGGACCGUGGGAGAGCGAGGGCCGCGGCGGAAGGGUUGACAGCGUCGAAGACUGUACCGGCGAGACCUGGAAACCCCAGUGGUGGCAUGGGUCCCCCCGCCUCCGCUUCUUGACCCGCAAACCCAGCCCAGUCGAUUUCAGCAACAUCAGCACCCUCGUCGUAGUCAGCAACAGCAGCAACGUAACAGGCGGCCAUUUGCCAGAAGGCGGCAAGACACGACGGCAGGGACAAGCCGAGGGAUGA